CUUCCACAGAUUCUGCGGAUGUUUUUUCUUCUCUCUUCUUCUCGGCGAUUGUGCUUUUGUUUGCUUCUUGCUUCAUGGAAGGACCUUGAGCUCUCUCUCUCUCUCUCUCUCUCCUGUCUCAUUCGUUACACAGUCUCUGUCACCGGUUUAAUCCUCUGCUGUUCAUCUCUCUUUCCAGAAAGUAUUGCGCUUUGUGCAGAUAAACAAGUGGGUUAAGUUAAGUGUUGGAGGGACUGAGAUCUGAUGGCUCCACCACUGCUUACUGUGGAAAAGGAAGUGGUUCCUUCACAAGACAACCAUGUCCAUCAGUAUGCCUUUGGUUUGAAAGAACAUAACUAUUUGGUUCGGUCUGUUGACAGCUCAACUCUCUGCAGCGUUCCAGAUAAUGAGGGAAAGGGCAAUCUCAAUUUCAAGGCUACAGAACUGAGGCUUGGUCUUCCUGGAUUGCAAUCUCCGGAAAGAGAAUCUAACUUUGCCUUGCUCAACCCAAGAACACCAGAUGAAAAACUGCUUUUCCCAUUGUCCGCUUCAAAAGACCCUGCCAUAGUGCACAAAAACGUUGUUUCCGGUAACAAAAGAGGAUUCUCUGACACGUUGGACGAGUUUUCGGUGGUGAAAGGGUCUGUCUAUCCUGAGAAAACUUGGACACUCAAUGAGUCGGAAUCAAAUCCCGAGACUCCGCAGUCUGCUAGACAAGGAACCUUUGCUGAUAAGACUGGCAUCAACAUGAUGCUGUCGUCCAAGAUUAGUGGGAUUCAGCCUGCCACCAAGAAGGAUGUCACAAAAACCGUCCAAGAAGAACGGUCCAAUCCUAAAACCAGGGCAUGCCAAGUUGGUGACUCUAACAACAACAACAAUGCACCGGCUGCCAAGGCACAAGUUGUUGGAUGGCCUCCCAUCAGAUCGUACAGAAAGAACACACUGGCCACUACUUCAAAGAACAAUGAUGAAGCUGCCGGUGCUCUUUUCGUGAAGGUCAGCAUGGAUGGUGCUCCUUAUCUGAGAAAGGUCGACUUGAGAACAUACACUUGCUACAAAGAGUUGUCCUCAGCACUAGAGAAAAUGUUCAGCUGCUUCACACUUGGUCAAUGUGGAACUCAUGGAAUCCAAGGGAGGGAAAGGUUGAGCGAGAUCAAGUUGAAGGAUCUUCUCCAUGGAUCAGAAUAUGUUCUUACUUAUGAGGAUAAAGAUGGUGACUGGAUGCUUGUUGGAGAUGUCCCAUGGGAGAUGUUUAUCGAUACAUGCUGCAAACUGAAGAUCAUGAAGGGCUCGGAUGCCAUUGGCUUAGCUCCGAGGGCCAUGGAGAAAUCGAAGAACAAGAUCUGAUUAAGAACUCUCUCUCAUCUGCUGCUUUGGGUAAGAAACAAAGACAAUGCAAGUUCCUCAGAUUUGGCUCUGCACAGUUCAUUGUCCAGUUACGUUCCCUUCAAAACUCUAUUAUGAAAUAUUAUUUGCUCGCAAGUUAUUACAAAAAAAAAAAAGUGUGUUGUAAGAGUCGUCGGUCUCUACUUGUCCGAAGAACCAAGACAUGCUCUUAAUGUGUUUUUUUGCGGCUUUUGGGUUAUAAACGUUUUCAUUAGUUUUGCUUGCAAUCU